AUGUCGCUGGACUUCAAUCUGGCUCCCUGUGGGGAUGCUGUGCAAGACAUCUCUAUUGAGGAUGCUGAAUAUGACAUCUGUAAUGAGGACACUGUACAAGACAUCUCUAAUGAGGAUGCUGUAGAAGACAUCUCCAAUGAGGAUGCUGUAUACGAGAUCGCUAAUGAGGACACUGUAUACGAGAUCGCUAAUGAGGACACUGUAUACGACAUCGCUAAUGAGAAUGCUGUAUAUGACAUCGCUAACGAGGAUGAUGUAUAUGACAUCGCUAAUGAGGAUGCUGAUGCUGUAGAAGUCAUCUCUAAUGAGAAUGCUGUAUACGACAUCGCUAAUGAGGAUGCUGUAUAUGACAUCGCUAACGAGGAUGCUGUAUAUGACAUCGCUAAUGAGGAUGCUGUAGAAGACAUUGCUAAUGAGGAUGCUGUAUACGACAUCGCUAAUGAGGACACUGAUAGACUGGGCACCCAGACCUCAGGGGCUCACCGCGCCCCCCUACCCCGCAGCUCCUUCCAGCAGCGCCUGUCCUACACCACGCUCAGCGACCUGGCCCUGGCGCUUCUCGACGGCACCGUGUUCGAAAUCGUGCAGGGGCUACUGGAGAUCCAGCACCUCACUGAAAAGAGCCUGUACAACCAGCGCCUGCGCCUGCAGAACGAGCACCGAGUGCUCAGGCAGGCGCUGCGGCAGAAGCACCAGGAAGCCCAGCAGGCCUGCCGGCCCCACAACCUGCCUGUGCUUCAGGCGGCUCAGCAGCGAGAACUAGAGGCGGUGGAACACCGGAUCCGUGAGGAGCAGCGGGCGAUGGACCGGAAGAUCGUCCUGGAGCUGGACCGGAAGGUGGCUGACCAGCAGAGCACACUGGAGAAGGCGGGGGUGGCUGGCUUCUAUGUGACCACCAACCCACAGGAGCUGAUGCUGCAGAUGAACCUGCUGGAACUCAUCCGGAAGCUGCAGCAGAGGGGCUGCCGGGCAGGGAAGGCAGCCCUGGGACUGGGAGGUCCUUGGCAGCCACCUGCUGCCCACUAUGACCAGGAAGGCAGCCCUGUCCCACCAUAGCCACAGGCAGCAGAAGUCUGGGCAGAGUUCAUCUUCUUGACCUUUGGCCACUGCCUUCCCAGCUGCCCACAGGGGUCCCCUGUUGAGGAGAGGCCGGGUGGAACCCGGCUGCCUGUCCCCUGGCGUCUGGGACUUGCUGCCAAACGCUAGGUUGGUCUCAUAAAAGGAAGGCCGGCCCAGCCUGCCGCUGUCUGCUUCAGGGCCCGGCAGAGAGUGAGGCCGGGGGUUCUCACACCUUCUCACUCCACGGGGCACAUCCCAGCCUGCACCGCGGGCCACCGGAGCGCUUGUUCUGGUCUCAGCCGCUCCCUUGGCAGCUGCAGCCCCCAUGCAGAAGAGGCUCCGAGGCCCAAGCUCUGUGUGACCCAGAGAAAUAAAGAUGCCUCAGUGUGGCCCGC